CUCCUCCUUAUUGUUUUACACUUGAUUUUGUUGAAUUUCUUACGCAUUCUCUUAAACCAGUUACUGACUCAGAGAGUUAUAGCUUAUAACUCGCUCUUUCACAGAGUCUAAAAUGGCGUCUUCUUCUAGAACAAGAAACAGGUCGCCAUUUUCACAUCAGAAAACUUCUAGUCCGUUUUCUUCUACUUCUCCAACUUCUUCGUUUGUGAGCAACAAACUAAUGCCUCGCACGUGCUCCUCGUCGGCGUCUUCGUACUUCAACUAGGGAGGCGGAUACGGUUCUCGAUCCACGACGGCAAGUCGGUCAAGGUCUGAUUCGAUGUACCAGGACUCACGCAUUUACAAUGCUAGCGCACCAGUGGCUCACGCGCCGGAGGAGAUACAAUUGGAAGCGCCGAGAUCGGGAGAUAGUAUUUCGGUUACAAUUCGAUUUCGGCCAUUGAAUGAAAGGGAAUCACAUAAAGGAGACGAGAUCGCGUGGUACGCUGACGGGGAUAGGAUUGUGAGAAAUGAGUAUAAUCCAGCUACAGCUUACGCAUUUGACAGAGUAUUCGGACCUCACGCAACUACUCAUGAGGUUUAUGAAGUAGCUGCCAAACCUGUAGUGCAAGCUGCAAUGGAAGGUGUCAACGGAACUGUUUUCGCUUAUGGUGUUACAAGUAGUGGGAAGACACACACUAUGCAUGGAGAUCAAAAUGCUCCUGGUAUUAUACCAUUGGCAAUAAAGGAUGUUUUCAGCAUUAUCCAAGAUACCGCAGGACGAGAAUUCUUACUACGUGUGUCGUAUCUUGAAAUCUACAAUGAGGUGAUAAAUGACUUACUUGAUCCAACUGGUCAGAAUUUGCGUGUCAGAGAAGAUGCCCAGGGAACGUAUGUGGAGGGUAUAAAGGAAGAAGUGGUUUUGUCUCCUGGGCAUGUUCUUUCUUUCAUUGCUGCUGGGGAAGAACAUCGUCAUGUUGGCUCAAAUAACUUCAAUCUCUUUAGUAGCCGAAGUCACACUAUAUUCACGCUGAUUAUUGAGAGUAGCGCUCAUGGUGACGAAUACGAUGGAGUGGUCUUCUCUCAACUUAAUUUGAUUGAUUUAGCUGGAUCUGAGAGUUCAAAAGGUGAGACAACUGGGAUAAGGAGGAAGGAAGGAUCUUAUAUAAACAAAAGUCUUCUGACUCUUGGAACUGUUAUUGGAAAGCUAAGUGAUGGAAAAGCAUCCCAUGUUCCAUAUAGAGACUCCAAGCUUACCCGCCUUUUGCAAUCCUCACUAAGUGGUCAUGGACAUGUUUCUCUUAUUUGCACAGUAACACCUGCAUCUAGUAAUAUGGAGGAAACACAUAAUACUCUUAAGUUCGCAAGCAGGGCAAAGAGGGUGGAAAUCUAUGCCUCGCGUAAUAAGAUUAUUGAUGAAAAAUCAUUAAUUAAGAAGUAUCAAAAGGAAAUUUCAGUCCUCAAACAAGAACUUGAUCAUCUAAGGCAGGGAAUGCUUAUUGGUGUUAAUCACGAAGAACUUUUAACCUUAAGGCAACAGUUGGAGGAAGGUCAGGUGAAAAUGCAGUCAAGAUUAGAGGAAGAAGAGGAAACCAAAGCUGCUUUAAUGAGCAGAAUCCAGAGGCUUACCAAGCUAAUACUUGUUUCUUCGAAAAAUUCCUUACCUGUUUUGAAUGAUGUACCAAGUCAUCAAAGGGGUCAUUCUGUUCAUGAGGAUGAUAAACUGGAAAUGCAAGGAGAUAGCGAGAAUCAAAAAGAUCCUCUAACUUCAAUGCUGCUUGCUUGUGAUCCAUCUUAUGAGUUUAAACACAGAAGAUCCUCCAGCAGAAGGAAUGAUGAGCUCUCACCAACAAGCAGCACCGUCACUGAGUCAACACAAGUGGGUGAACUUAUUAGUGGGACCAAGCUUCUGGCAGGUGGAAUGGCAUCAGAUCAGAUGGACCUUCUUACUGAGCAAGUUAAGGUGCUUGCUGGAGAGAUUGCUUUUACCACAAGUACCCUGAAACGCCUGUUGGACCAGUCUGUAAAUGAUCCCGAUAGCUCAGUAUCUCAGAUUCAGGAUUUAGAAAGCGAGAUUCAAGAAAAAAGGAAGCAGAUGAGGGCUUUAGAGAAACACAUCAUUGAGAGCGGGGAAGCUUCAAUUGCUAAUGCAUCAUUUGUUGAUAUGCAGCAGACAGUUAUGAAAUUGAUGACACAGUGCAAUGAAAAGAGUUUUGAGCUCGAGAUAAAAUCGGCAGAUAAUUGUAUCCUGCAAGAACAACUACAGAACAAGUGUUCUGAGAAUGAGGAAUUGCAGGCAAAGGUGAAUCUCCUGGAGCAGCGAUUGGCAUCUAUCUCUGGUGAUAAAUUAUUGUCUUCUGCACACGGAAUAUCUGCAGAGAAUGCCAAUGAGUUAAGAAAAAAGAUUCAGUCUCAGGAGAUUGAGAAUGAGAAACUAAAACUAGAACAGGUGCAACUUUCAGAGGAGAAAAGUGGGUUGUGUGUCCAAAAUCAAAAACUGGCUGAAGAAGCUUCAUAUGCGAAAGAAUUAGCCUCUGCUGCUGCUGUUGAGUUGAAGAAUUUGGCUAGUGAGGUGACCAGGCUUUCGGUGCAGAAUGCAAAAUUGGAGAAGGAAUUAUCGGCUGCUAGAGAGUUGGCACAUUCGAGAGGCUCUUCUAAUCAAACUGUCAAUAGUGUCAAUCGCAAGUAUAACGACAGCACGAGACAUGGGAGGAAGGGGCGGCUCUCCGGUCGUUCUCAUGACAUUUCCGGAGCCGCAGGUGACGGCUUCGAAUCGUGGAAUCUCGAUCCGGAUGAUCUAAAGAUGGAGCUUCAGGCUAGGAAACAACGGGAGGCAGCUCUUGAAGCAGCACUAACCGAGAAGGAAAUCAUAGCAAACGAAUAUAGGAAAAAAGUCGAAGAAGCAAAGAAGAGAGAAGAAGCUCUGGAGAACGACUUGGCUAACAUGUGGGUGCUUGUCUCGAAGUUGAAGAAAGAGGGAUCCGAUACUCCCGAGAGUAACGCAGUCGAGCAGCAUAGUAAUGGUAUCGACAAUGUCGUCUAUGAUCCAAAGGCAAACAACAUUGAGAAUAACAAUAUCCUCAACGAGAGCCAAGUUUCAGAAGUGUCAUUGGAACCAGCUAAUGGAACGCCUCAGGAAGAACCCCUCGUAGUUCGCCUGAAGGCACGAAUGCAAGAGAUGAAGGAAAAAGAGCUCAAAUCGUUGGAGAUGGAGAUGCACUUGUGUAAAGUAUGUUUCAAAUCACCAAAUGCAGCAAUUCUUCUCCCUUGUCGGCAUUUUUGUUUGUGCAAAUCAUGUUCCCUUGCCUGUUCCGAGUGUCCAAUCUGUCGUACAAAGAUUGCGGGUAGGCAUUUUGCAUUCACUUCUUGACGCAGCUACUCAUACCCUACUAAUGAAGGGUUUCGUGACGAUAUAUGUGUAAUAUAACUACAUAAGCAAGUGGGUAAUUCUUUCAUUAAUUUGUCCGUAACUGUUUGAAAAGGUAUGUCUGUAGUUUGUUUGUUUUCUACCUCACCGAGGACUGCAAAAACAAGAGAUUAAAAGGCUAAAAAGGGUUCCCCCCCCCCCCCCUUUAAAGGGUAAAAC